AUGACAAGAAACUCUGCUGCCAGACGUUCUCUGUGGGGUUCCAUCAGAGGGAUCAACAAGCUGAAGGAGACAGAGGAGGAGACCAUGAUCCAGCGACGCAGACAGCCGUCUCAGGCCGGGACCCGUAACAAGCGGCAUUCGAUGGUGGUGGAUAUGGACGACUUCAAUGCGUUGAGUCGGAUCUACAGGUUGGAAGACAAACGCACCACAGAGAACAAGGAAAACAUAGGAGUGGAACGCAUUAAGCGCAACACGAUAUACGAGGACGAGAGCGACACGUCGCAGUCGGAAGAUGCCAACACGACGGUCGACUCUGGCACGGUUUUGGAGCAUCUGGACGGCGACACGAACGACGCGACCACGCUACUAGAUUCGGCAUUUGACGACUAUAAAAUAGCACUUCAGGCAUUAUCCAUCGAGGACACGGUAAACCAGGAUAACAAACUCAAAAAGAGCAGCGCGUUCAGGGACAGAGAGACCUUGGAGGAGAUCACGAAGCAGACGGGCAAGGCCGAGCACCCAGAGACCCGUGUUGUCGAGCGACGGGGCUACGUAAUUAUUGGGACGGAAUUCUCCUGUCGCGGCGACAGCAGCGAGAAAAUGAGCUAUUUGGAUUCAGAUUACGAUGAUCUAUUCGACGAGGUGGCAUGCGAGCCGUACCAUUCACAGCCGAUACAGAGAACUUCGCUGUACUUCAAGAGGCUCACAAGUCCUUCCAGAUGA